AAACCGCACUUUUUGGUACUGAUAAUUUCUUUGUGUUCUGUUCAAGUUUACCUAAGUGGUCCACUGCCUUUUGUUGGCCUCAUACUCCGGGAGAAAUCUCACUGCCAUGUGACCGAGUAUUUGCAGGGUAAUUGGGUUGAACUUUCAUAACUAGGGGAGGCCCUCUGGAUAAUGACCAAUGGCCGCAUAAAGCCUCUGUUUUCUGCCAAUUAGACAAAGAAAAAACACUUUUAGUUUGGAUCUGCGGAGGAAUUUUAUCCGAGUAAAACCACCAACAUUUUGCGACAAGUUUCAUGACGAGAGAUGCUGGUGUUACAGGCGGUGCUGCAGCGAGCGUCAGUGGACAUUUCCUCAUUAACUCCCUGUCCAGAUAUUAGAGAUGGAAAUACGGAGGCAGCACAAUCAAGGAGGUCACUGUAUGGACUGUAUCCCUACAAGUCCAGCAUGAUAGGCCUGGAAAACCUUGGCGACCCAUCAGGUAACUGGGAUAUAGUGGAGACCAUCGGUAAAGGAACAUACGGUAAAGUCUACAGAGUGACCAACAAGAAGGAUGGAAGUCAGGCAGCAGUGAAGGUGCUGGAUCCGAUCAAUGAUGUGGACGAGGAAAUAGAGGCAGAAUACAACAUCUUGAGAUCCCUGUCCAACCACCCUAAUGUGGUGAAGUUUUAUGGCAUGUUCUACAAGUCAGACAACCUAUCAGGUGGACAGCUGUGGCUGGUACUGGAGCUGUGCAACGGCGGCUCUGUCACAGAACUCAUCAAAGGUCUGCUCAUGCGAGGCCAGCGUCUACAGGAGCCCGUUAUCUCAUACAUCUUAUACAGCGCCCUCUUGGGUCUCCAGCAUUUGCACAACAACCGGAUUAUCCAUCGUGACGUCAAAGGCAACAACAUCCUCCUGACAACUGAGGGAGGAGUCAAGCUGGUUGACUUUGGUGUUUCAGCUCAACUGACCAGUGCACGAUUGCGGAGGAACACAUCAGUUGGGACUCCGUUUUGGAUGGCUCCUGAGGUCAUAGCCUGUGAACAGCAGUAUGACUACUCGUACGACGCCCGCUGUGAUGUGUGGUCGCUCGGCAUCACGGCCAUCGAGCUGGCAGACGGAGAUCCCCCACUGGCUGAGAUGCAUCCAGUCAAAGCCCUCUUCAAGAUCCCACGAAAUCCCUCCCCUACAUUACGAAAUCCAGAACAAUGGUGCAGAAGUUUCAGCCAUUUCAUCGGCCAGUGCCUGAUAAAAGACUUUGAGGCACGUCCAUCUGUGACCCACCUCCUGGAGCAUCCCUUCAUCAAGCAGGCCCACGGCAAAGAUGUGGCACUCCGUCAGCAGUUAGCUGGUCUCAUCCGGGAGCAGCAAGAAGUGGGCUGCAAAACCAAAACCAAGCACGAGCGGAUCAAUACUCGUAAAACCCUCAUAAUAGAGCGCUGUCCUGAUGAUGAUCUGGUAAACCUGGAGUUCUUAGAUGAGGAGACAAUAAUCAGCCAUCUCCAGAGGAGGUAUGAUGAGCUGCAGGUGUACACUUACGUUGGAGACAUUCUCAUUGCUCUCAACCCUUUCCAGAAUCUCAGUAUCUACUCUCCCCAGUUCUCUAAGCUGUACCAUGGUGUGAAGCGGGUUGACAACCCUCCACACAUCUUUGCUACUGCAGAUGCGGCCUACCAAGGCAUGGUGACGUUCUGCAAAGACCAGUGUAUCAUAAUCAGUGGGGAGAGUGGUGCUGGAAAAACAGAGAGCGCUCAUUUGAUUGUUCAACAUCUGACCUUCUUGGGAAAGGCAAACAAUCGGACGUUGCGUGAGAAGAUCUUACAGGUGAACCCCCUCGUUGAGGCCUUCGGAAAUGCCUGCACAGCUAUCAAUGACAACUCCAGUCGCUUCGGGAAGUACCUGGAGAUGAAGUUCACACCGACUGGAGCGGUCAUCGGGGCCAAGAUAUCUGAAUAUCUACUGGAGAAAUCGAGGGUCAUCAAACAGGCCAUGGGGGAGAAAAACUUCCACAUAUUUUAUUACAUAUAUGCUGGGCUUUACCACCAAGACAAGCUGAAGACGUACAGGCUACCAGACAGGACACCUCCCAGGUACAUUGACAGUCAGCACUGCAAAGUGAUGCAAGACAUAGUCUCCAGCAAACUGUACAAGGAGCAAUUUGACGCAAUACAGGAGUGCUUCCGAAACAUUGGUUUCACUGAGGAGGAAGUCAACUCUGUUUACAGAAUUCUCUCAGCCAUUUUGAACACAGGCAAUAUUGAAUUUGCGGCCAUCACAUCGCAACACCAGACCGAUAAGAGUGAAGUGCCUAACUCAGAGGCCUUAGAAAAUGCUGCAUCUCUCCUCAGCAUUGGCCCUGAGGAGCUCCAGGAGGCGCUGACCUCUCAGUGUGUGGUCACCAGAGGUGAGACCAUCAUCCGCACCAACACCGUCGACAAAGCCACCGACGUCCGAGACGCCAUGUCCAAGGCCUUGUACGGACGCCUCUUCAGCUGGAUAGUCAACCGCAUCAACUCCUUGCUGCAGCCUGACAUGAAUAUCUGUGCUGCAGAGAGUGGCAUGAAUGUGGGAAUCCUGGACAUCUUUGGAUUUGAAAAUUUCAAAAAGAACUCUUUUGAACAAUUGUGCAUCAACAUCGCAAACGAGCAGAUCCAGUUUUACUUCAACCAGCACAUAUUUGCCCUCGAACAGAUGGAGUAUCAGAGCGAGGGGGUGGAUGCCAGCCUGGUGGAGUACGAGGACAACAGGCCCAUCCUGGACAUGUUCCUGCAGAAGCCCAUGGGUCUGUUGUCCCUGCUGGACGAGGAGAGCCGCUUCCCUCAGGCCACUGACCAGACCUUAGUGGAUAAAUUUGAGGACAAUCUGCGCUGCAAGUAUUUCUGGAUACCAAAACGUGUGGAGCUUUGUUUUGGAAUUCAGCAUUAUGCAGGAAAGGUAAUGUACAAUGUGAAUGGAUUUUUGGAGAAAAACAGAGACACCCUCCCUGCAGACAUCGUUGUGGUGCUGAGAACAUCGGAGAACAAACUUCUGCAGCAGCUGUUUUCCAGCCCCUUAACUAAAACAGGAAAUCUGGCGACGUCCAGGGCCAGGGUCACCGCAGCCUCCAGAUCUCUGCCACCGCAGCUUGGCUCAGGACGUACCAAGGUGGACACCAUGGAGAUGAUGCGUCACCCAGAUGAAACCACCAACAUGAGGAGACAGACGGUGGCCUCCUAUUUCCGUUACUCCCUGAUGGACUUGCUGUCUAAAAUGGUAGUGGGUCAGCCACACUUUGUGCGCUGCAUCAAGCCCAACGACGACAGGCAGGCACUGCGUUUCUGCAAGGAGAGGGUGAUGGUGCAGCUGCGCUACACGGGGAUCCUGGAGACGGUGAACAUCCGCCGGCAAGGCUAUUCCCACCGCAUCCUGUUUGAAGACUUUGUCAACAGAUAUUACUACCUUGCAUUUCGGGCUCACCAGAUGCCUGAGACGAGCAAAGAGAAUGCUGUAGCCAUCCUAGAGCGAGCCAAACUAGAAGACUGGGUGCUGGGGAAGACAAAGGUUUUUCUCAGGUACUACCAUGUGGAGCAGCUGAACCUGCUGCUGAGGGAGGUGAUAGCACGAGUGGUGGUGAUGCAGGCUUACACUAAAGGCUGGCUGGGCGCCCGACGUUACCGAAAAGAGAAGGAGAAGAGAAACCGCGGGGCCAUCAUCAUCCAGUCAGCCUGGAGGGGCCAUGUUGCUCGGCAGAACCUCAAGCAGAUAAAAAAGGAGCGGGACGAGGCCGCUAUCCGCAUACAGUCAGCUUACAGGGGCCAUCGGGUGCGUCGGGACCACAGACCCCAGAGGCGCAGAUGUCACCCUGAGGCUGGAGGAAAGACCACCAAGGAGGAGCAUAUGAGGUCUAACAGCCCAAAGAGCAAAGAGGCACAUACAGAUCACAUACAUGGAGGAAAUGUUGGCCCUGACAGCCGAGACAGACAAGUGAAAGACUUCAAGAGAGACAAAGGCAGAGCAGAAGACAGUGUAACGAAGCCUUGCAGGGAGACAGCUAGACUGCGAGACAUGCAGUGUAAACAAGCUCUUAAAACGUCUUCCCACAUGUCCUCCUACAAGGUUUGCAGUCACCAGGUGCUGCUCCACAACCCACCACCACCACCACCACCACCAAAGUAGCAGCAGCAGCAGCAGCAGCAGCAGCAGCAUCACCACCGUAUCAACACGCAUCUGCCAGACAAAUGAUCCACCCUCUCCAUGUUCUCUAGACAAAUACUCUCCCUCCCUCUCGCUGUCUCUCAGUCUUUUGAUUUAUCUGUCUGUCUCCACAUAUCGCCGCGUCUCAACCGGAUGCCUUCAGUUUUAGGCAAAUUACAGGACUCGACAUAGCGGCAGCAGAGAUUUGGAAGGGAUAGGAAAGACUCAACUUAACGGAAGGAGUUGCCUCUGUCUGACGCUACCUACGUAAUCCUCUUAAUGUCAGUGGGAGUAGUUAACAGGAUGUACUUCCAAACUACUCAUCAUCACAAUUCCAACAGAAUAAUCUCCUCAGACGUAAAAUCAAGGUGGAAAAUGAUAUUCCAAGUUUUCUGUAAUUUCGUACACGUGGCUUGAGUCAUUUGAUGUAGUUUAACAAAGUUUUCCUGAACGCAAAGCCUCAUUAGUUCGUUAUUGUUGUUGACAAGAUUCAGUUUUAUGUAUUUGAAUAAAUUAUAUUUUAUCUAACUGAAUUAGUAGGAAUCCCACUGAUCAGGAGAGAAAAAGCUUAAUGCCAUCAGUUUGCAUAUUUAAUCCAUUUUUGGCACGGUUCCCCUGCCAUUCACGUCUCCGUCCUCACUACUUACUUUUUCUUCAGGAGUCAAAGUUCCAAAUCUGCUGUCAGGGGAAAUGAUUGAUUUCAGUGUGAAAAAUUGCUUGUAAGUAACAACAUCCUCUGCUCACAUUAGUGAAAACAGAUGCAGGAACUAUUCUUUUUCAGUAUUAUCUGCAGGACUUGACCAGUUUGUCUUAUAAUUUAAAGCACAUGAGUUGCUAUUUAAGUAUGAUGUUCAAAAUGAAGGGAGCGGUAAUAAAUUUAAGGAACCCUGAAAAGUUCUGGAAAUCCUCUUUAGCCUCAGAUAUCUGUUUAGGGUCUUUGUUUGCAAUGGAGGAGUAAUGUCUGUGUUAGUGUGCAUGCACGUGUGUGUGUGUGUGUUUGUGCACAUGUUUGUAUGCAUGUGUGUUAGUUAGCCUGUGUGUGUGUGUGUGUGUGUGUGUGUGUGUGUGUGUGUGUGUGUGUGUGUAAGAAGAGGCGGUUGUGAGGUAAAGAGAGGGGUCUGGGUUGCACAUGCCUCAUUUAGACAUCAAAGGCCCCUGCUGAUGAUUUUUCCUUAUAAUCCAUGCCUUUUGGUGCCUCUGCUCCCUCCAUCUGAAUAAACAAAGCCCAAGUGGUUCUCUGUGGUCUGGGAGAAGUCAGGUGAUUGCAGCACGUGAUUUGGGAAGUAAAUCGAUACAUCUCUAAUUUAUUCCACUAAAAAUCCCUUUUAGCAGCUCUUUUAUGUUGUUUCUUAGGAGCAUUUUGAUUUUCAAGGGAUUUCAAAGUGGUAUUUAGAGAUGUAAUGCAAGUCAUCUGCUGCUCUUUGAAAAUGAAAGAAACACCUAUCUCAAAAAGAAUUCCAGCCCUUUUA